AUGCAGACUGCACACGGGAAUAUAUGGGAAUGCCGGGCUCCGUCUCACGGUCCAAUCGUCUUUGACCAAGAGAUCCAGUACCAGGAGCAUUCAAUCAAGGAGCACGGUGUGCCUGAUGCACACGCCCGGACCCUCAGCAACGCCGCACGGCGACCAGACAUCGAUAAAAUACUGGAGUGUCCCUUUGGCGACGAUUUUAGACCCUCGGGAAAGGUUGAAACCAAUUCAGUCUUCUCGAGCGAAGCCCUCCAGUCACACGUCGCCGGUCAUAUGAAGGAAAUUGCUCUGCUCACACUGCAAAAACUUCCCAGCGAUGAUGAUGAGGACGCGGAGAGCGUCGAUAGCGACCAACCGCUAGAAGACUAUGGUCCGGCUGGUGCUUUUGGAAUUACACGCGCAUCUAUGUACAGCGUAUUAGAGGAUGAGGACCUGAUUUGGGAUUUCCAAGACGAUGAUGCGGAGGCUGCAGACGGCAAUGUGGAACACCGCGAAGAGGAAAUCAGUGCACGGGUGACAGUACUCGACCUAGAGGACAAAGACGACUUGGGGACGACGAAGCUUCACCACGCGGUACAGGCCGGCGAUUUGGGCUUGGUUGAGUCCUUGAUCCGGAACGGCGCAAAUGUAAAUUUAAAGGAUGAAGAUGGCCAAACGCCCCUGCAUUACGCUGCGGAGCGGGGCUUCAUUGAGUGCAUAGAAGUCUUGGUCAAGCACGACGCGGAUUUAUUUGUCACUGACAACUCUGGGUUUUCUCCGUUUCUUUGGGCCGUGGUUGCCGGGCAAGAAGGCGCCACUACGGGACUUUUGCUUAUGGACGCUGAUGCCAAUUCAUCCAGCGCGGAUGGAAAGUCUGCGCUCGCUUGGGCGGCUAGUUUGGGAUGGUCUUCGACUGCUAAAUUGCUUGUUGAACACCGUGCCAGCAUUUCUGUUACCCGAAAUAAGCAGCAGAUUUUGCCUUUGGAAGCAGCGGCAGCUUCUGGCAACCUUCCCACUGUCCAAUUGCUCCUCGAAUGUGGUGAGAAUCCGAACUAUCGUGAUCGCGAUGGUUGGUCUGCGAUACAUUGGGCAGCAGAGGAGGGCCAUCUGGAAAUUGUGCGAUUGUUGCUGGAUGCUGGGGCCAACCCCAAUGCUGUCAGCUCUUAUGGUACGUCACCAUUGCACUGCGCUGCAAAUGGAGGACAUGUUUCCAUUGUGAGCUUGCUCCUCUUACAACGAGCCGACCCAAUCAAGUCAACAUGCCACGGCUGGACUGCUCUACACCACGCCGCCUUCAUGGGGCACUCCCAUGUCGUCCAGUGCCUUUUAGAAGACGACCGUGUACGAUCCACGGCCUCGCAGCAGGACAACCAUGGCUGGUCCGUUCUUCAUUUAGCCAUCCACAGUCGAGAUUUCACCAUUGUCCGUAUUCUGCUCGACAAAUCUGUCAUUGCAGAGCCUCAUACUCUAUUCGACGAAAGCGGCCUCACUGCAGAGGAAUGGCUGGAUCGCGAGCCGACCAGCCAUGCCCAGAUAGCCACCUGCAAUUUAGCUUUCAGCAAGUCGCGCUGUUGCCGGGCCGUCACAAGCCUUCGCCAAGCUGUUACUAUAGGCAAUGUCCCCAUGAUCAAACUUCUUUCCAAAUUGGGCCAUGAUAUUAAUGGCAUGAACUCUGGAAGGAGGACUGCGCUCUAUUACGCCGCCAAGAAUGGCUUGCUUUCUAUCAUGGAUCUGCUUCUUGACCUCGGUGCGGAUCCCAACAUUCUCCCUGCGGGGCGGAAGAAUUGGGAAGACUUUAUCCCGCCUGGUGACGUUUUACUGCGGCUCAACCGUGCAGGAUACUGGAAGCGAGAUACCGACCGUGAUGUGGACCGCCAGAUUUGUCAGGCAUUAAGAGUGCAACUCCAACCGUCUGUGCCGCAUCAACCAGCGCGGUUCUCAACGCACGAGUCGACCUUACCAAUAUUAGACAAAUCUGUCUCUCAUGGUGUGGACCGCCAGUCCUCAUCGAUUUCAGCUUCAUUGACGACACCUUCUCUGGAUCAUGCAGAUUCAAGUAAUCCGACACGCUUGCCAGCAACUACACACCAAGCAAAUGACAAUAAGCGCAAGGUAAGGUCAGGUCGGAUGGAUUGGUGGAAACAGCUCAUAGGUGGGAGAUAG